CCCCAUCAUUGCACCACCACUCACCCUUGCUCCUCUCGAGUCGAAACAUGUCAAAGAAAGCCCCCGCCGCUGCUGCGUCCCUGUUGCGCUUGGUUGUCCCCGCUGGAAAGGCAACACCUUCGCCCCCUAUCGGCCCCGCCCUUGGUCAGCGCGGUGUCAAGUCGAUGGAUUUCUGUAAACAAUUCAAUGACAGGACCAAGAACGUCGAGGCCGGUACUCCACUCCCAGUUAUCAUCGCCGUCAAGAGCGACCGCAGCUUCACUUUCGUCACAAAGUCUCCUCCAACCUCCUUUUUCCUCAAGCGCGCUGCAGGCAUUGAGAAGGGCGCGACGAGCAUUGGCAAGGAACACCCAUUUGUUGGCAAGGUCAACUUGAAGCAGGUCUAUGAGAUCGCAAAGAUCAAGCAGGCGGAUGAAGGCAUGGGACACUUGUCGCUCAAGGGGAUCUGCUCUGGAAUUGUCGGAAGCGCAAAGUCUAUGGGCAUUGAGGUGGUCGCAUAAGCAGGAUGCAGUACAAUUGCUCGAUAUGGAUCAGGACCACGUUAACGGCAAACACUGGAUAAUCAAAUUGAGGAGGCAGUCGAUACGGACAGCAUUGUAAUAUAAUAAAUAACACUCGCGCAUAAAGAUCAUAUUUCUCAGC